AGCACCGUGCACACCUCGCGUAAAAUGAAGAAGAUUUACUUAUUUUGCUGCAUAUUAGCGAUCAUUGCCGGUGGCUUCGGCACUGGUAAUCGACGUGGCAGUAGCCGAGAGAUUUGCCAUUGGCUCAAUAAACGACUGGAAAUAUUGCGUCCACGGGGAUUGAGGAUAACUCAACCAUGCUCACCGUCGCUGGUGUCAUUUGGGAUUGAAGUGUACAUCGAUCGGGAGCAGCAGCAGCAGCAGAAGAUGAUUGGAGGUGAAAUGGUGCCUUGUGAUGUUUGUGUUAAUUCCACGGUUGCCACACGGGAUGGUACAACCAUCGAACUGUUUCAUCCAAUGGCCAUAAUCCGUGCUAAGGAUCAUCUUCGAUACACCAUCACCAACCAUUAUCGUGCGGGAGUGACACGGCAGUACCGUUGCUCGUUUUAUGUGGCGCAGGAUCGUUUAAAGUACGAGACCUCGAUUACACCGAGCUAUUGCCCGACGCCGGUUGCACAGACAACAAAACUCUCCCAAAGCGAUAAAACCCUGUUGGAAGAGAUCCUGAAUGAGUCGAUUGGCCAAUGCAGGGAGCAGACGAAUAUGCUCGUCAUGGCGGAUUCAAACACCGUUCGCACACAGAAACAGAUGGAACAGUAUGUUCGUUCACGAUUGAACUCACUGGUACCGGGACUUGAUUGGGGCAAUGCGUUCAAGCUGAUCUAUAAAACCGAGGAAGGACUCGUCUUUGAGCUGAAAUCGAUGAUUGCCAAGAAGAAGCUGCUACGGAUUGUCAAAUCCAUUGAUGAGGCCAAGGAUAUUCAGGAUUAUGAUAGUGUGGCACCUUCGUAUCAUGACAUUCGAGAGUACGAUAUAGCAUGAAUCGCGGUGCCUUAAA